GGAUGUAUUCUUAUAGAAUAAGACAUACAGAAUAGUGUUAUAAACAGUUACAUCGUGUACCUUUAACAGAUUCCUUGUAGAAAUACGUACAUAUUCUCAUAAGGAUAUGACUGAACAAUUUGUAUAUUGAAUUUCACAAGACAGAACAAUGUAUCUAAUGAUGUUGGAAUUUAGGUUCAUACUUGAAGCACACGUACUAUGUUUCAGUAUAGCGACAAUUACUUCAAUAUAAAUAAAUUUAUGGUAUAUUAGAAUAAUUUGUUUUGAUAUAUCUGUAAUUUUAUAUUUUAAUGAUUUUUGCCAAUUUUGUUUAUUUGAUUCCAGUUCAUUAUUUAAUUUUUAUUUCAUCGAUAAAAGAAGAAAUUAAUCAAGAGGAUAAGCAUACUAUACAGCAACUGUGAACUAAAAUAAAAAGACAACUUCAGAUAUAUGAGAAUUAAAGCAUUCAAAAAUUCAAAUAUAUAAAAUUUAGAUAUUUGGGGAUUCAGAUAUUUAUAGCGAGAUAAAUUGCUACAUUCGCAAAUGUAUAUUUUUGGCACACUAUUGUAUCGUUGAGUGAAAAGAGAACGAAUAGAAAUACACGAUAGAGAGAACACUUUCCCUCAGUUGAAUGAGUCAAGGAUGGUAGUUACUGUGAAAGAAGAAAAGAGAAAAGAUUGAGGGAAUGGGAAAGAGUGAGGGAAUCAUUUCAUCGAGAACAAAGUAUGUCGAGGUCUUUUCACGGACAGUCAUCCUAAUUGAGAUUUACCCCAUGUAUAGUGAUGAUUGCACGAUUCCGAUGGUUUCCUUCCUCCUUUUUAAUUUUUUUAUUUAUCCCCCUCUUUUUUUUAUUUCUCCUUCUUUUCCUCCAUCUUCUCUCUUUCUCGUUUACAUACAUGAUCCUUUCUCUUGUUUUCUCUACCUUAUUUCCGCCCCCCCUCUUUCUUGUCAGCUCCCACCUUUCAGUCAAAACUCAAUAGACGAUGGACAAUUCGCCGGUAGUCUCGCGAACGCGAUAACUUUGUUGAAAUAGUUGAACGUUGUAUGCCCGAUCGCGAAUAAUAAGUGUUGUAAUAUAAUCGUGAUAAAAACCGUGUGGUAUGUGAAAAAGAUCGGUUGAAUGUUUUCUCUGGAUCAGGAUGUCAUCGUCCACUGUUUUGAAAUUGUGCAUAAUAUGGAGUUUGCUAACGAGUUCCUGGUCAUACACCGAAGAAAUCACUCAUUAUCGUUAUCAUUCAGCAUCAAACAAAUUUGGAACAUCUCAGACAUUUAUAACACCGAUAAAAAGAUGGAGAGAACCAGAUAGAUGGGAUAAUAGUGAUCCACAAAGAUUGGGUCCACCAAUUUUUCGAAAAAAUAUGCAUAUCAGACCUUACGUAAGAUUAGCGAAAGUUGAAGAAAAACGAGAACAGCCGGAUCCUCUGGUUACGAUUACCGAAACUUUGGGUGCCUUAAAUACUGUCGGGAGUUAUAUCGUUAAUAUGACCAGAGGAGUAGAGAACUCAAAUUAUCCACCAAAAGAAUUACCAUCAGCUAUAUACACUAUUUCAAAGAAUAUUUUAGGACGCAAUGUAACAGAUAGUAUUGCACCGCUAGUCCGAGGUGUAGCUUUACCUCUACGACCUAUACCGACCGAAAGUUCCUCUGUCUCUUCUGUUUCUUCUUCUCCUGCAGAGAUUAAUCAAAACACUAGAGAAAAAGAAUCAGUGAUAUCGUCGGUCGAUUGUACUACAGCAGAAGGCAAUCUUGGAAAAUGUCAGGAUUUAAGUAACUGUCCUCAAUUGUUGCUCGAUUUGACCAAACUCAGACAAUCAUUAUGCUUUAAAAGUUUAUUUGUUCCGGGCGUUUGUUGCCCAUUGACCGAUAAAGUCGACAAUAAUGGAACUAGCUCGAUAGCCGGUAUAAUUCCAGCACCAGGAAUCGAGCCACCUAUACAUUCUCCAUCGAGACCACCAGUCCGACCAACGAAGCCACAUCAAACUCCUCGACCCAUUCCAUUGUUUCCUGUCAUUACAACUGAAUUCGUUUCAGUAUCUCCUAUCAAUCCAUCGGUGAAUCAUUCAACUAAUUUCUUUGGAUCUUCAACAUCCGGCAGCACUAUUGAUAAUAAUUUUAUACAAAACGAUGAAGUAGAAUGUGGAGUAAGAAACUCGGGUAAAUAUCGAGUAGUUGGCGGAGAAGAAGCUCUUCCAGGACGUUGGCCUUGGAUGGCAGCGAUUUUUUUACAUGGCUCUAAACGCACAGAAUUUUGGUGUGGUGGAUCUUUGAUUGGAUCGCGAUACAUUUUAACUGCGGCUCAUUGUACACGCGACCACCGUCAACGGCCAUUUGCUGCUAAACAAUUCACUGUACGUCUUGGAGACAUAGAUCUUGAAAGGAAUGACGAACCAUCCGCGCCAGAAACUUACUUGGUUAAACAAAUUCAUGCACAUCCAAAAUUCUCUCGUGUUGGAUUUUAUAAUGAUAUUGCAGUUUUGGAGUUGACGAGGACUGUUCGAAAAUCUCCUUAUGUAAUACCGAUUUGUUUACCACAAGCACAUUAUCGGAAUGAACGAUUUGCUGGUGCUAGACCAACCGUUGUUGGAUGGGGUACUACCUAUUAUGGUGGAAAAGAAAGCACGGUACAGCGGCAAGCAGUGCUUCCAGUAUGGAGAAACGAAGAUUGCAAUGCAGCUUAUUUUCAACCAAUUACCAGUAAUUUUCUUUGUGCUGGUUAUAGUCAAGGCGGCAAAGAUGCUUGUCAAGGUGAUUCCGGUGGUCCACUUAUGCUUAGAGCAGAUGGUAAAUGGAUUCAAAUCGGUAUUGUCUCGUUUGGUAAUAAAUGUGGAGAACCAGGAUAUCCGGGAGUAUAUACGCGUGUUACUGAAUACGUAGACUGGAUUAAAAAUAAUUUGAAUUAAGCAUGAGCAAUUUUUAUCUUAAUUGAUUUGUAUUUCCGACUUCGGAUGACAUGAUUCUUAUUCGGUAAUACAAUAUCAUUUGUAAGUAUAUUAUGUGAGUGCCAAGAAUCUUAAUUUAUACAUUACCUCUUUAUAUUAUAUGCACUAGCGUAACUAGAAUAAUUGCACAUAUAUUUGUGCAAUCAUACAAAUUUGUAAAUUAUAUUAUAAUAAUUGUACAUACGCGCGCACACUUAUAUAUGCAAAUAUACGUAAUUUAAUAAAUUAAA